AUGACAAUACCACCAGAGUUCAACAAAAGGAAUGAAGAAAAACAAGUGUAUAGACUCAAGAAAUUCCUAUAUGGUUUAAAACAAUCACCAAGAGCAUGGUUCGAUAGAUUUGCAAAAGUAUUAAAAAAUCAAGGAUAUCAGCAAAGGCAAUCAGAUCAUUCCAUGUUCUUCCAACAGUCUAAAGAUGGGGCAAAAACAAUUCUAAUUGUAUAUGUUGAUGAUAUCAUCUUAACUGGGGACAACACAGUUGAAAUGGAAAGACUAAAGAAAUGCUUAGCCACCGAAUUCGAAGUGAAGGACCUAGGACAGAUGCGAUACUUCUUAGAAAUUAAGAUUGCAAGAUCAAAGAAGGGUAUUGGUGUUUCUCAAAGAAAAUAUAUUCUCGAUCUAUUAACUGAAACUGGGAUGCUAGGAUGCAAACCAAGCGACACACCUAUUGAGGCUGGAAAAAUAACAAAGGACUUCGGUAACUCAGCGGAAACAGACAGAUACCAAAGACUUGUUGGGAAGUUAAUCUACCUAUCACAUGACAUCGCUUUCGUAGUCAGCAUGGCAGAAAACAGGAGAAAAAGGCUGUCCAAAAUCUAUGCGAAAAUCAGACCUUCAAACGCGAUUUCCCGCCAAACCAGAAGGAAUUUGGAAAAUCUGAGACCACCGGCGUGCUCUGCAGAUCGAGGAGGUGCUGGUGGGGUGGUGUGUGAAUUUUCCGACGACGACGCAUGGGCGGUCUCCGGCGAGGUGAAAGAAGCUCUUGCUCAAUCUGGUCUGGAGUCGUCCAACCUCAUCAUUGGAAUAGACUUCACGAAAAGUAAUGAAUGGAUGGGAAAACACUCUUCCAACGAGAAGAGCCUGCAUCACAUCGGUGAAGGCUUAAAUCCAUAUCAACAUGCCAUUUCAAUUAUUGGAAGUACAUUAUCAGCUUUUGAUGAGGAUAACCUUAUUCCUUGUUUUGGCUUUGGUGAUGUUACUACACAUGAUCAAGAUGUAUUCAGCUUUUAUCCAGAUAACAAGCCCUGCAAUGGCUUUGAGGAAGUACUAUCUCGUUAUAGAGAGAUUGUUCCAAAUGUUCGGUUAGCAGGACCGACAUCAUAUGCCCCGAUAAUUGAAACUGCUAUCGGGGUGGUUGAUAAGAGUGGAGGUCAGUAUCAUGUUCUACUGAUCAUCGUUGAUGGGCAGGUGACACGAAGUGUAGACACCAGCGUUGGCCAGUUAAGUCCUCAAGAGCGAAGCACAGUUGAAGCAAUUGUUAAAGCAAGUAACUAUCCACUGUCAAUAGUCUUGGUUGGAGUUGGUGAUGGGCCAUGGCACAUGAUGCAAAAGUUUGACGAUAAUAUUCCGGCCAGGGCUUUUGAUAAUAUUCAGUUUGUUAACUUUACAGAAAUCAUGGUGAGGAAUGUCCCUUUAGCCCAGAAGGAAGCAGAGUUUGCUUUAGCUGCAUUAAUGGAAAUUCCCUUACAAUACAGAGCAACAUUGGAGCUCCAGCUUCUUAGCAACAGGAGAGGAAUACCUGGAAAAGCUCCUUUACCACCUCCAUCAGGGAACUUCAGGUCUUCAAAUCCCCCUGCAAAUUAUUUCCCGUCGAGCAGCUUUGCACAAUAUUAUACAGCUUUCUGUCCACCUUCUCCCACUCCAACAGGAAAUUUUUCAUCUAAUAGGAACUGCCCGAUUUGUUACUGGCACAAGCGAGAUCUUGCAUUCGGAUGUGGACAUCAGACGUGCAACGACUGUGGUCGAGACUUGCCCCUGUGCCCGAUCUGUCGUAUGCGGAUAAGCACCAGGAUAAGGCUUUAUGAAUGAUGUCUCAAAGUUUAAGCCCAUGCUGUAGGCAUUGAUAUGGAUAAUGGUGGAAUUGUUUGUAAACAUGAAAUCUUCCAAGAAAUGUUUAUAUUUCAACAUCUUCCAGAAUAUAUUGAAUAAAAACUCUGCCCAUUUGCCGAGGCCAUCCCUCUAAAA